AUGUCCAGACUGAGUGUGGUGUUUGGCGGCUCCCGGGGCAUUGGCCGUGCGGUGGCCGGGCUGUUAGCUCAGAGAGGGCAAAGGGUUGUGGUGAUAUCCAGAAAUCAGGAGGCAGCCCAGGCCACAGCAGUAGCUCUGCCUGGAGCAGAGCAUGUGGCUCUCAGUUGCGAUGUCUCCAAGGAGCAGGAAGUGCAGAAGACAUUUGAAGCCAUCCAGAAAAACUAUGGCACUGUGGGAUACUUGGUCAACGCAGCGGGCAUCAACAGGGAUGGGCUGCUACUGAGGACACGUCCAGAUGACAUAGUGUCUGUGCUUCACACUAACCUGCUGGGCUCCAUGCUCACCUGCAGGGCAGCGCUGAGGAGCAUGCUGGGCAAAGGCGGGGCCAUCGUCAACAUAGGUUCCGUGGUGGGUCUGAAAGGCAACGCGGGUCAGUGUGCAUACAGCGCCAGCAAAGCCGGGCUGGAGGGGUUCACACGCUCCCUGGCCAAAGAGGUCGCGUCCAGGAAUGUCCGAGUCAAUCUCGUCGCUCCAGGGUUCAUCCGCACAGACAUGACCGCCGGGCUGCAGGAGGAGGUGGGGGGCGGCGGGGCGCAGACGAGGAUCCCCCUGGGCCGCUUCGGGGAGCCAGAGGAGGUGGCCAAGGCGGUGCUCUUUCUGCUGGAGUCGCCCUACAUCACGGGCCAGGUGCUGCUGGUGGAUGGCGGCCUGCAGCUGGCCAUGUAGAGGUCAGAGGUGUAAAGGUCCGGCUUCAGAAAGUAAAAGUCCUGCCACAAUUUGGCUCCAACCAUUCACUUAAAGAGCUGAUUCUAAUUAUUAAGCUGGAAGAUCAGCUAAUUAGUGAAAUCACAUUAUGUGUUAAGUGCACAGGCAGAACCAAUACAUGGCAGGAUUUUUACUCUCUGAAGCCAGACUUCUACAUCUCUGAUGGACUGCCUGUCUGUCUGGCAGAAGGCAGUAUGGGGUUCCUUCUGGAUGUACCACAAUGUCUGAGGUGCGUCCAAAUUUGGCGAAUGGCAGCGGACGUUCAAAGUGAACUGGUUUUCUUUGAACCUAAAACUGUGAAUGCUGUUGGUGCAAACAUGCUAAAUUGUUUGAUUCAAAUGGCUAACCCUUAGUUCUCAGCGAACAUACAUGAAUGCUGAACCCUAUCCUGAGACCAUUUGUGUGUGUUUGCAAAUAUGUUUGCUGUGAGCUCAAGAUAAACAAAACCUGUUUGAACGUGUGAACAUUUGCCUUUUGUUUCCUAAUUUGGACGCACCUCUGGGUUUGAGCAUUUCUUCAGUUCCAUUUAAUGGAGCAGAUCAACCCGACUCAGAGAAAAAACACAUGCACACUGUUAGCGCAGCCAAGGCCGGACGUGGCCUGUUACGUCAACUGUUAGCAUUGUAUAUGUGCACCAUGUUGGUUGAAUGGUGUUUGUCCCCUUGGAAAAAUGAUGCAUGGACAAUGUCUGUGAGUGGAGGUUUGAACUUGUUGGCCAUGUAUUUUUAAGCUGCAGGAGAAGGAUUAAGCUUUGUUUCUGGGCAGACAGCCCACAAGCAUAUAGAAAGUUUUAAAAAUGAGAUUCGCCUCUUUGGUCUGUCUACUGAAGCUUAGUUUCCCAACACAUGAUUAAAGCCAAGCUUCUCCGUUCCACUGCCACCUAAGAUGUGGUGAGAGUCUGUGUAGAGAUUUGUUGUCAGUCGUAAAAGAAUUACAGCACAUUUUCUACACUAUAAUUAUUCCUGUUAAGCAAAAAAAAAAGCAUUGUUGUGGUCAUUGUUUCUCUGUAUUCUUCUGUCUCAAUCUGUCUUCUGCUAAUCCAACUGACACAAAACAAAGGCCUUAAAUGUCAGCAAUGGACGGAAUUAAUAAGUAAACGUUUCACUUGAA